GUUUGAAAAAAAUAACCAUAAGAUGGGAGGUGGGGAGGGGGGUUGGCGGAGAGGGUAGUGAUGACAGCUGAUUUCGUUUGUUGGGUUUGUGGGUUUUUUUUUUUGUGACAGAAAACAUUUCAAACACAUAAAAUAUUUUCUUAUCCAACUCGUUCUCAUUCAUAUAAUGGAGGUCAUAAACCGGCAGGAGGCGCUGCUUACCAACUACGAGGUGCUGUUGGUUUUGCAGGAGGAGGACGAGCGGCACAAGGCACAGCAGUCAUCGGGACAAGGGCGGUAUCCAGAGAAUGUCACAACGCUAAAGUUCGAGGCUCUGCAGUAUCUCAACAACACGGCGUGCACAACGCAAUCGGUGGAGCAGAUCUCGGAGCUGAAGAGGCAGCUGGAGGAGUAUGAGCUGACGAAGGCUGAGAUUUUGCAGAUCAUUAAUUUGCGUCCAAAGACGCUGGUUGAGUUUCACUUUAUCAUCGAGGAGUGUGGUGAGCGGUUCGGCGCGGAGGACCUGGAGCAGCUGGUGGAAAUAGUGGCGGCGGCACUGCCGCGCGACGAUGAGGAGGGUGAGGAUGCGGAGGAGGAGGGGGAUGAUGAGGGGGCCAUGGAUGUCGAGGAGAGAUAAUGGUGAGAAGGGUGAGAUUGGGUUGGGGCUGGUGGAUGUAGACGGGGCCGCGUGCAAACCCAUUAUGCCGAGACGGCCAAGUCGGGGGUAUUUGAGUUUAGCAGUGAAUUUUUCUAAAGAAAUCAUUUGGGAUUGAUCUUGCAA